AUGAUGAAGAAGAGCGUGGUCAAGAAUCGCGCACCGGCGCCCAUCCAGAUCACAGCAGAGCAGAUUCUUCUCGAGGCGAAUCAGCGUAAAGAAGAGUUUGCACAGCCACCACGUCGUCGUAUCGCUGAUGCCGGUGAAUUGGCCGAGUACCGUAUGGGUAAACGCAAAGCGUUUGAAGACGAAUUGCGACGCCAACGUCAUCACGUGGGUACGUGGAUGAAGUACGCAGCGUGGGAAGAGAGUCAGGAAGAAUUUGCACGUGCACGAAGCAUUUUUGAACGAGCAUUGGACGUGGAUUACAAGGCCACGACGAUUUGGCUUAAGUACGCAGAGAUGGAAAUGCGUCAUAAGUUCGUUAAUCAUGCGCGUAAUGUAUGGGACCGAGCUGUGACGCUGUUGCCUCGUGUGGCACAAUUCUGGUACAAAUAUGCCUUUAUGGAGGAAAUGCUGGGUAAUUUAAAUGGUGCACGACGAGUAUUUGAGCGCUGGAUGGAGUGGCAGCCGAAUGAUCAGGCUUGGUACUCGUAUAUUAAGUUGGAAAUGAGAGCAAAGGACAUUCCACGAGCAAGAGCAUUGUAUGAACGCUAUGUCAUGUGUCAUGCAGGUGAAAAGGCUUAUAUUAAGUAUGCCAAGUGGGAAGAACGGUCGCAAAAGCAGCUUGCGUUGGCUCGAAAUGUGUACGAGAGAGCAUUGGAGGAGCUACGCAGUGAUGAAAAGACUGAACAGAUUUACUUGGCUUUUGCACUCUUUGAAGAGAGAUGUCGUGAACUGGAACGAGCAAGAGCGGUGUUCAAGUACGCACUAGAUACGCUGCCGAAGGAGGACGCACCAGCACUUUACAGUGCGUUUAUUACGUUUGAAAAGCAACAUGGUGACAAGGAUAGAAUUGAGGAGGUUGUGAUUGCCAAGAGACGUGUUGUGUACGAGCAACAGGUGGCUGCUAAUGCGCUGGACUAUGAUUCGUGGUUAGAGUACAUUAAGCUUGAAGAAAAUGAAGCUGUGGGAUCACAGUCGUUCGGCCUUGUGCGGGAAGUGUAUGAGCGUGCGAUUGCAAAUGUACCGCCAAUUCCUGAGAAGAAAUACUGGCGCCGGUAUAUCUACCUUUGGAUUAAAUACGCGUUGUUCGAAGAGCUGCUGGCGGGAGACAAUGAUGACAGCGGUAGCUCGUCGGAGCGCUGCAAACAGGUGUACCAGACGUGUCUUAAGCUGAUUCCACAUGAGAAGUUCACAUUUGCCAAGAUCUGGAUACUUUACGCCAAGUUCCUCAUUCGCCAGCGUGACGUACAAAGUGCACGGAUGACGCUUGGAGAAGCCUUAGGUCGCUGCCCGAAGAAGAAGCUUUUUGCAGGCUACAUUGAGCUAGAGCUCAUGAUGGGCGAGAUCGACCGUUGUCGCAAGAUUUACAUGCGUUUUUUAGAGUUUGACCCGCAAAACUGUGAUUCGUGGCAGAAAUACGCUAUGCUUGAGAGGCAGGUCGGCGAGGUCGAGCGAGCGCGUGCAAUAUACGAAUUGGCUAUCAAGCAGCCAGUCCUGGAUAUGCCCGAGAUGAUCUGGAAACACUACAUUGAUUUUGAAAUUGAGAACGAUGAGCGUGACAACACGCGUGCACUCUAUGAGCGAUUGCUAGAGCGCACGAAACACGUCAAGGUUUGGAUGAGCUUCGCCCAGUUUGAAGCAUCGUCGUCUGACAAUAAGAAUGCUCAAGGCGAGAAUCUGGAGUCAGCACGCGAUGUAUUUGAGCGUGCGCUGCGAUAUAUGAAGGAGCAAGGUGGUGAUGAAUUGAAAGAAGACCGCGUCUUGUGCAUGGAGACAUGGCUAGAGAUGGAGAAAAAGGGUGGAGACGACAUGAUGAUCCAGAAGGUUAGCGAUAUGCUGCCGCGUAAGGUCACGAAGCAGCGCAUGGCGUACGCGCAGGAUGGGACGGAAUUGGGGCUCGAAGAGUAUGCAGACUACAUUUUCCCAGACGAUGAGCAGGCUCAAUCGCAUCUCAAGUUACUACAAGCCGCACAGCUGUGGAAGCAGAAAAAACGUGCACGCGAAGAGGUUGUAACAGCAGGAGAGACGACGAAGGAUGCUGUGGAAUAA